AUGCCGAGCGAUGACAUCAGCAAUUGUGCGUGCAAGGCUCAAACCUGGGAAACGGAUCUGGUCUCUAUGAUCAGAGAGACCUGCAACCCCGACCCUGAUGAGCAGGGGCUGUUAAAUGCCGGGAGGGAUAAUGGAUUGCACGGUUCCGGCCUACCCUUCACCGAACAAAUAGUAAACGAUGGAAACCAUAGUAUCAUAAUUUAUAUUGAAAACGGGACAGACAUCGUCGUUGGGAAAAGUUGUUCAUCUGGAGACACCUCGGCAACUGGUGUGGACGAGAAAACAGGGGAAACAAAGGGAUCACUCCUUUAUGGCCCUAAAACAUCCAUGGAGGUCAGCAACGUCAUCGUUUCCAUCUUGGAGAGAUAUCGAAUGGCACCAAAAGAGGAUGCUCACGCGCCAUGGGAAGCCGAAAAUAAAAUCUCGAGUCUUGUUCAAGAAUACAUAGAGCUCGGAGAGGUCAUACCGAUGGUCCUUCCCGCGUUUCCGUUCAAGUCACCUAAUAAAAAAUUCAAGGUUCUCAGCCACCUUCCGGAUAAAGGCGAGGAAGUUGCAUUGGCACACCUGAACGGACUCUGCAAGCUGAUCGAAAGUAACUGGAGCGUCCAUGUAAAAUUCAAAAUGCCGCUGACAACGGUACUAGAUCUCCUAGGAAUUUCCGAUAAAGAAGUGUGGGCCUACGGUCAAGCUGUUAGAAAACUCGCUGUCGACACAGGCUGCAGCAACAUAAACUUUGUUCGGCUUGUGCAUCUGCUUGGGGAAGUCGAGAUGGGAGAGCCAUUGUCAGAAAAACAGUAUUUGAAGGAUGCUUCCUGGUUUCGGACGCAGCUUUAUGAGAGGAAUAUCCCCGAUAAUUUCGAUGUCUCCAAGCUUAUAUCAAAUGACCCUGACACAACACUGACCUACCGCGGCUACAUAAAAUUUCUCGAAAAGGAUCUCGAUAACGAUGCCAGCCCUGGCGAUUCGUCUGUCUCAAAGCGGCAGAUUAAAAAAAGCCACGAGGCAACCGCAAGAAACAUGAUCGCUCGUGGGCGGGCUUUCGCAAUUGCUAUAGCGAGAAGGUUUGAUAAAUCAAUUAGAUUAUCGAUUCAUCCCUCCACAGAGUCAACAAAAGUAUCCAUAGCGAUCACUCCACAAAAUGACGGGAUAAUUAUGACGCCAUGGCAUUCGUCUCUCGUUUAUGCAGUAGAUGGAUCCAUUCGUAUGGUGCACGCAGGAUCGGUGCCAGCAUUAACACACGAACUAAUUUUUGAGAACGGCCGCCCUGCGUAUUUCAGAGAGAAAUCACCACUUUACAACUGGAGCGGUAUUGAUGUCGAAUUUCGAUAUAUCUAUCCAUCCGGGAUUAUCAUUUCUCCUCGAAACAAGUCAUGCGGAUGCCAAAUUAGCCGAGUUGAUAUGCGGAAGGUCAGAGCGCUGGCGGAGUUAUGUUCCCCUGUGAUCCUAAGGGGCUGGUUGAAGACGCCAAAUCGAAGUUGCUGUUUCGAAACUGACACUGCAAACGGAAAAUGUGUACAUGGAAAUAUUCGCACAGAUGAAUACUGUAACGGAAUAACUCCGAGAAUAACAACAAAUUGCUCUAGAAUGGAACUGUCACUAAGCCAAAGUGAAGACGGAAACCUAAGAGACUUCGACAACGAGAGCAGCACCAAAUGCGACUCCGUGUCUUGCCAGCAGAACAUAUCUUUCACGCAUAAUACAGGAACAUCGUCGCAGACCUUGAUCGAUAUGCUCCCUGCUAGAUGUAGUCGUUGUCUCACAAUAUACGAACAAGGGAAUCCCCAAGCGGAAGAGCCUAACCCACCAAAAGACCACGCAGCUUGGAAAGCCCUAAAGGACUGGUCUAACAUGUGCAUUAUGAAACCUUGCUCGAAAAUGCCUUCGGAGCUGGGGAGGAACGGAGCGUGA